UUGUUGGCCCCCAAGGGCCCAAGUAGACACUUUUGAAAAAACGAACAAUAUAAACAGACGUCUCGUGGACGUGACCGCCAAUACCAUCCGAAGUGUACACAAAUCACGUCUUUUAUUGAACUUUAUGUGCCUUAAUAAGCAGUGUUUCAACGUAAAUGUUCAUAGUUCACUCGGUUUAAGAUUGUGAUUUUCCAGUAAUGGCUGGAAGAGGAAAAAGAAAAUUAGGGGAUGACAAUGGGUUUGGAGACAAGGGAGGCUAUAUGGCAGCUAAAAUAUCAAAACUGGAAAAUCAAUAUUUGAAUGAGAAGUUCAAUGAAGCAUGUGAAGAAGAAAAAUUAAGCAACAUAUUUUUGAAUAUUGCCAUUUUUGUAAAUGGUUACACCAAUCCAACUGCUGAAGAACUGAAACGCAUAAUGCUAGCACAUGGGGGUAUUUAUCAUCAUUAUUAUAAUUCUCGAGCUACCACUCACAUAAUUGCCUCCAACUUAUGUGAUGGCAAAAUCAAGAAACUUAAAGGGGAUGAAAAAUUUGUUAAGCCUGAAUAGAUUGUUGAUUCUGUGAAAGCGCAUUCGUUAUUAGAUUUGAAGCCAUAUCUGCUGUAUACUGGACUAACAUUAGAUAAAGGACAACAAAAGCUGGGCAUUGUUUCAAUGGCGAAGAAAGAAGAUGUCACCUACUGUGAAAAUAGAAAUGAAAGAGCAAUGGUUACAGAUUCAACUGAAAAAAAUUCUGCUAGUGAUAUUAGGCAAUCAAGAGAAAUGAAGCGAGCGGGAGAAGACGAUUUUUUGUCUGAAUUUUACAAGCGCUCCAGGCUCCAUCACAUUUCUACCAUGGGAGCUUUGUUCAAACGGCAUGUGACGGAGUUGCGUGAAAAAAAUAAUGGAGUUUUCCCAGGGAUGGAAAACAUAGAAAAUUGGAAAAAAACAUCUGGGUACCAAGGGAGCCAUAAAAACGAAGAUACUGUGUUCAUGCACAUUGAUAUGGAUUGCUUCUUUGUUUCGGUUGGGCUGCGGAACUAUCCGUCCCUGGUGGGCAAACCAGUUGUCGUGACCCAUGAAAAAGCUGAUUCCAAGCCGCUCCCAAGACGUGAAGGCCGUAAUCGGGAAUAUGAAUUCGAAUGCUAUAAAGAACACUGGAUAAAAAAAUCAAAAUUCUCUGAAAGUAACAAUGCAGACGAAACGGAAGCUGGUCUUACAGAUGUAUUUCCCCGGCUACAAGAUUUGGAUGAAACAUGUUCCAUGUCUGAAAUCGCUUCAUGCAGCUAUGAAGCUCGUGCAGCUGGUAUUUAUAACGGAAUGUUCAUGGGAGCAGCCUUGAAGUUAUGUCCAUCUCUCGUUGCGAUUCCUUACGAUUUUGAAGGAUAUAAGGAAGUGUCCACUUUACUAUACAAUACUGUGGCUUCCUAUACCCUGGACUUGGAAGCCGUCAGUUGUGAUGAGUUGUAUGCGGACAUUACCACAGUUUUGCGACAAACUGGACUUACACCAUCAGACUUCGCGACGCACUUGAAAGAAGUUAUCUUCAGCAAAACACGGUGUAACGCCUCUGUCGGAAUGGGCCCUAAUAUGCUUAUGGCUAGACUCGCAACAAAAACGAAGCCAAAUGGACUAUUUUAUAUUCAGAAGGGAGAAAUGGUUGAAUUUAUGAAAAGUCACAAGAUCGAAGACUUACCGGGUGUCGGAAGAUCUAUGGCUCAUCGGUUUCAUGCGUUAGGCGUCAAUGCCUGUCUUGAGAUGCAGCAGGUUACCUUAGGAAAGCUUCAACAAGAAUUCGGCCAAAAGCAAGGGCAAACCUUCUAUUAUAUGUGCCGAGGAGAAGAUAAGCGCAGCCUAAAGACAGAGCACAUCCGAAAAUCCAUUUCUGCCGAUAUUAACUAUGGGAUGCGUUUUGCAAAUGACCAGGAAAUGUACAAAUUCGUUCAAGAGCUAUCGUCUGAAGUUUCCGAAAGAAUGGAAGAAAUUCACGUCAGAGGACGGCUCUUGACGUUAAAACUUAAAAUUCGCGCAAAAGAUGCUCCCGUCGAGACGGCUAAAUUUAUGGGUCAUGGAGUGUGCGAUAGCAUUUCUCGAUCAACAACGUUGGUAACAGCCAGCCAUGAAACCAAAAUCAUAGAAAAGGAGGUUCAAAUUCUUCUAAAGCAACUCAAAGUUGAUUGCUGUGAGUUACGUGGAAUGGGUAUCCAGUUUAGCAAACUUGUAGCUGAUAAUGUGUCAAAAGGCAAACAACCGAAACAAAAUUCCUUACUGUCCUUCGUUGCACGUUCCAAAAUAUUUCCAUCGGAAAAUCUUGUAACAACAGUGUAAUGUGUUGCAACCCCGCACCCUUCCG